AUGUACAUAUAUAUAUACAUGUUUUUUUACAAAAUAGUUUACCCUUUUAAAAUGUACACUUCAGUGGUUUCUAGUAUAUUCAUUUGCAAGGUCACAAAACUACCAUCACUGUUUACUUCCAGAACAUUUUCAUCACCCCACCUAAGAAAGCCUGAACUAAAGAUCACUCCCUGGUCCCCCUUCACCAGUCUCUGGCAAGCAUCAGUUAACUUUGGGACUUACCUGGGUGAUGCAGUGGGUAAGAAUCCACCUACCAACGCAGGAGACAUGGGUUCAGUCCCUGAUCUGAGAAGCUUCCAUGUGUCAUGGAGCAACUAA